AUGUUCACCACCAACAAGCGGCCAGGACUUCAUCACCAACAGCAGAUGACUUCCAGAGUUUACACGCCGCCUCGGAACUGCCUGUCAUCACACGCAUUCUUUCACACCACCUGCGUCCUGCUGCAGAAACGUGCCCCAACUCUGUUGCUCCUGGCCGCCGCUUUCUUCGAUCCCAUCGUCCCAGAUGCGGGUACGGUACCGGGCCAUGACGCAUCCUUGAUGAGCCAAGUCAAGCUGAAGCUGUACGUGCUGCUCCGAGGGGAAGAGGAGACUGAAGCCGUCCCGCCUUCGCGUGCCGCCUCGCUGUGCCCCUCUUCUCAACACCUCGUUGCCAUGAAAUCUCCCACCCAGUGCGCCCAGGUCGCAUAUUUCGUCGCCCCCAUUGGCCAUCACCGCCUCAUCACGCCGUUGGUCGCGUCUGUCACGGUUCCAGACGCGGUUGUGAGCGUCCAAAUUCAUGAACUGGGCCCAAUUCAAGCCAACACUGCCUCGACUUCGCCUGGCAUUUUGGUUUGUGUUGCAUUGCGCAUUCUCAUGCACUUUGAGCGCUUCCACUCUCUCGGGUCGCGAAGGCAGCUGAUCUCCGGCAACAGUCCUACUGGACAUGCCAGAAGCCAGGUCUCCACCGCAAAGCAUCGUCUGCGUCUACUAGGGGUUGGCAUUGCAAAUCAUCCUCGUCCGUUCCCCAGCAAGUCAACACGUUCUGGCGGUAACCCCGCGUCAAAUCAGCCGAACAUCAUUCAUGUCCGCAAGGUUGGAUGGGACGUCGACAUGUCUGGAAGCGACGUCCUUCAUUAUCAUGCCAAGGCAUGCCAUGAAAUCGAGAACCAAGGUCAGAGGUAUCCGUCCGAGGCACCGAAGCACGCUCAGACUGGCAGCGAUCUUGCCGCUCGCCAUGUGCGCUUUCCGUCCGAGACUUCCAGUGGGCAGUGGUUCGAUGACGCUUGCCAUCGCUGCUGCACCGUGCAACCCUGA